AUGCGACAGUGGCUCGAAGAGAACCGCGACGGUUGGUGGCCGACCGAUGCAGCGGCAAAACUACUCGCUCGUCUGACUCUUGUGGGGUCAGACCAUCGUUCCCUUCCUGUCAUUCAUGUGAGAAGCCGAACAAUGUUGCAUGCAGGCCACAGUCACAUUGCCUUUGCUCUUUCUUGUUCUUACUUCAGGCCCGCCGUCGCCUUCAUUCCUUCCUGCAAUACUAUGAUGAAGCAGGGCUUCUUCCGCGACCCACGGAGGCGUCAACACGAGAGAGUACACCGUCUGCAUCAGUCGUGCGGCCGGAUGGCACCGGCCCUCGCGUGAUCAGACACGUAUGCUCACUCGGACAUACAGCGCAGCACCCUCUAGGUCCUGCCAUCCCUACAUCAUCUUCUGGAGAGCCUCGUCAGUCGCCAAGCCUCAAGGUGCCGCUGAACGCCGUAAGCUAUGCAUUGAAGGAUGACCCAGAAUGGAAUUCAAGGUAAGGAAAUAAUGGAUGCAGGAAUGACUCAAGCUACUACACUUUGGUCCACGAAAUGCAUUGACUGCAGGUUUGGCGCGGACAUCUCCAUCCAUCGUGUGGGAUUCUCACAGCUGGCUCCGUUCAUCAAAACGCCUCUCAUCCUCACACGGAUCCCAUCUGUCACGUGCGAUGUAAGCGAGUGUAAGUAAGAUGUGAAUCAAUCGGGCAGGCCAAUGCGUGGAGGAUCCAAUUCUGUUGUGUAUGUGUGUACCUGCAGCGUGGUUUGGUAUCGAGCAAGAUGCUGAUGCUCUACGAGCAAUUCGGCCAGCUUCUUAUGUCCAGGCCGGACUGGAGGGGCGUGUAUGUCAUCGCACAGGUUCGUUGGUAGAGUGCCGCGUGGUGUAAUGGAUUCGAUUCGCAUUGGUUGCCUGUCCUUGUUCUUCAGGGCAAGACAUUCAUGAACUACUCACGUCUUGCGUGGGAGGAUCUCGCUACCAUCACUGACGGAAAGGGACGAAAGAUGAAACUGCUCAGGUCCGUCAGAGAAGCGGCUCACUCACCUGCUCCCUUCCAAUCACACUCGUCAUUGACCACUUGUCGUGCUGUUUUAGGUGGAGGGCUAAGUAG